AUCGCUUCCGGUCUGCUGGAUAAUCAUCGGUAUCCUUCUCAUCAAUCCCGCGAGUGUGUUUAACAGCGUGUACGGUAUUCUGCUCAACGUUGUGCAUCUUUUUACCAUCAAUUUGCUUGUCAAAAUGUUAUGGCUUAUAGAUGUCUUUAGCAAAAGCUGUAAAUACUUUUCAAUUUCUGGCAAUUCUUUAUCUUUUAAUUAACGCUGUUUUCAGCUACAUUUUGCAUCAGAAAGAUGCUGUUAAAUAACUAAAUAAUCACCACAUGAUAACUGAUUACGGUUUUGGUAUUUUUUAAGUUCUAUGCCAUUCUCAUUCUUAUUACAUCGGUUACCGGGUAGAUUUUUUUAAGUGUCAAUCUACUUUUUCUGCAGCGCAAAUACCGCUUGAGAAGUCUUUAUCUGACAUUUGCUAUGUCUCAUUAAUUUUCUGUCAGAAUGGUGUUUAUGAAUAAUUCUACUAUUAUUUACGCCAAUUCUUCGCGCGAUCCAUAUGGUACAUGGAACGGUGCGGCGACCAUCCAGACCCUCUUCACCAUCGCCACCCUGGCCACCAACGGUGUGGUCCUCAGCCUCUUCAUAUGCCGUCCCCGCUUGUGCACUCCCUUCGCCAUGUACCUCAUCAAUCUCCUCACCGCCAACAUCCUCAUGACUCUGGCCAAUCCACUCCGGACCAUUGAAUUAAUGCGCACCGACUGGUUCGCCUGGAGCCGGUGGUGUCUGGUGUUGAUCUACAGUGAUUGGGUGUCCAGUGCCGUUGUCCUGCACUCGCAUUUCCUUAUCACGACCAACCGGAUUUGGGCGAUUGUCCUGCCUAUUUCCUAUCGGAAUGUCCAUAACCGGAAAGUGGCGGUGGGGAUUUGUGCUGUGAUGUGGCUGUACUGUCACGUUUGGCUGUUGCCGUUGUUUAUCCGGGAUUUCUUGUAUUACGGGAAUUUCGAUUCGGAUCGCUGGUGCAUUAUUAAUGUCAAUGAACAGCUUGUGUACUCCCAGGUAAUUCAAGUUGUUGUCUUUCUCCUUCCAUACGUCGCCAUCUUAAUUGCUUAUCCGUUUCUGUAUUACCGGCGCCGGAUGCAAAUGCGUUCCGUAAUGCACAAUCAGAAAUCCAUACCUUCAUCGGAGGAACAUUCCAAUAAAACCCCAGCAUCAACCGAACAAGGACAACUUACCACUAAAAAACCCGGCCGCGAGAAUUCCACCGGCUUCACCGUGCUGACCGUACAGACCAUUUCCGUCUUUAUCUGCUGGACAGUUACCAAGGUCUAUGGAACGGUUGGGACGUUCAUGGAUAUUGAAAUCGGCUGGUUAGGUCAACUUGGUACCACCAUGUAUCUGGUGCAGAUGGUACUGGAUCCGAUACUGUUUACUUUAGCACUACCUGAUCUCAGGGCGGCAGCCGUUCAGUUGAUUAAAUGUGCUUAUUACCGCUAAACGGGAAUUUACAAGAAGCUUCUAAUUACCAGCUGCCCGACUAAAUCGUAUUUCAUGGAUU